AUGGGCGUCCUGUGGAGCAGCCUCUGGGGCAAGCCGGAGCCGCCGCCGCCGAUGGUGCUGGUGCCGCCGCUCUUCGACUACCCGCCCAUCGCCGCCCGCACCAGGAUGUCGGUGCCAGCAUAUGAGGUGAUGUUCGGAAAGCUCCCGCUGCGCAGUCUGUUUGAGGACUACUUCGAUCACGCGGGGAGCAUGACCUCCAGGUUUAUGCUCAAGCCGCUGGAGGAUCCUCACGUCGAUUUGGUCGCCAACGUAUCUGCAGCUGCUGGUGAAAAUAGUGGAACAGAAGUAAAAGGAGACGCGCUGUUUCGCUGGCAGAAAGAUUUAUAUGAUCCCCAUACCUUUGUGGAACUUCUUGCAUCGACUUCAGACCCCAUGUUGAAGCUGAGGUCAUGUGGUUACUACCCUGAGUAUCACGUUGGUGCAUUUUGGACACUCCCUUUGCUAAUGGGAAACAGGGUGUCUUCUGAGGACUAUGGUGUCCUGGGUGUAAGAUAUGGUUCAGAGAAUCUAUCAGUUGGGGCUUCCUUUGUACCAGUGCCUGGAACUGGUGAGGUGCCAUAUGGAGCAUGGUUGGUUGCGAAAAAAGGAAGUUUAACUGCAGGAGCACAAUAUAAGCCACUUAGUGGAAACCAACAUCCUAUGCCAUAUACGGACCCGAAGAACUGGAAUUAUGCAAUCAGUUAUGGUGUUGGCACAACAAGCCCUCUCAGCCCUUCAUUCAUCUGUUCCCUAGAGCUUGCCAGAAAUAAACAGCUUAUUGCAUCAUUCUAUCAGCACCUGGUUGUUCAAAGAAGGGUGAAGAAUCCUUUUGAAGAUGAUCAGGUUGUUGGUAUCACAAACUACAUUGAUUUGGGACUUGAGUUGGCUGGAGGGAUCGACAAAGAUAAACCAACAGAGAGCGCCAACAACAACUUGUUUCAGUUAGCCGCAAGCUGGCAAGCUAAUAAGAACUUCAUGUUGAAGGGAAAGCUAGGUCCUUCCAAGUCGUCUGUAGCUCUGGCAUUCAAGUCAUGGUGGAGACCAUCCUUUACGCUUAGCGUCACAGCUGUGAAUGACCAUAGGAAGGGGACGACGUCGUACGGCUUUGGAAUCCGCGUCGAGGAUCUCAGGAAGGCCAGCUACGAGAAGGCUGAUGCGAACUACGUGAUGCUGACGCCAAACAAGCAGCACCUGGCGCCGGCUGUCAUGUUUCAGUACGGGGAGCGGCCCAUGUUCCAGGCGGACGUGGAUUCCGGCAACUUCGACCAUCUGCCUGCGGAGAUGAGGCCUAUCGGCAAGAUACUCUAG